CAUCACAUGCAAGCUCCUCCUGCGCUCGACCUCCUCGCUCCCCCCUCCAACCUUAGCUUCCCUCUUUUCCCGCCCCUUCUACCCCCCCCCAACCUCCAAAACAAAACAUCUCCUCUGGCGUGAGGCGGCUGGGAAGCCCGCAAGGCGAGGGGGAAUGAGGGAGCUCCAGAGCCGGAGAGGCCGCCGGAGCAGCGCGCUGCCUCUCGGGGGCUUUUCCCUCUGCUGAGAAGAGGCCGCCUUCGCCCGCGUCUCUGGGGAGCCCAGCUGGCACUGAAAAGGACCCGCUUGGCCGGGCGCGCCAGCCAGCCAGCCAGCCAGCCGGCCGCCCGCCCUUCUUAAGCCGCCCGAGAGCGAGCGAGGAGGACGGGCCGACGGCAAGCGAGGCUGCGCCGCCGUCCGCUUUUGUUCCUUUCCCCCGCGCGCCCAGCAGAGGAGCUGGGAAUGCCGAGCGGGUUGCAAAGGUGAGGGCGCGCCGCCUGCCUCCUCCGCCCGGGCUGGCGUGUCCCCGCGCGCCUUCUCCACGCGCGCGCGCGCGCCCCCCACAUGCAGACACGCGCGCGGCGGGGGGGCGAGCGGGAGCAGGAGGCGAAGAUGGCAAUGUCCGUGAUCCAAGCGUGCCGCAGCCUGGCUCUCUCAACAUGGCUGCUUUCCUUUUGUUUCGUGCAUCUGCUGUGCCUGGAUUUCACCGUGGCCGAGAAAGAGGAGUGGUACACGGCCUUCGUGAACAUUACUUACCCGGAUCCUGGCGGCGCAGGCGGCGGCGCAGGCGGGGAGUUGCGUAGCGAGAAGACCGAGUGCGGCCGCUACGGGGAACACUCGCCCAAGCACGACGUCUGGGGCCAGGUGGUGAUGACCUCGGCGGCCGCCGACCGGCUAGCCUGCGACCCCAACGCCAGGUUCGCCGUGCCCGGGCCCGGCAAGAUCUGGAUCGCGCUCAUCCCCAAGGGGAACUGCACUUACAAGGAUAAGAUCCGGCACGCCGCCGCGCAAAAUGCCUCGGCCGUGGUCGUCUACAACGUGGGCUCCAGCAACGCCAACGAGACCAUCACCAUGCCCCCCGCAGGUACAGAAGAUGUUGUAGCAAUAAUGAUCCCUGAGCCAAAGGGGAAAGAGAUAGUGAGUCUGCUGGAGCGAAAUAUUACUGUGAUGAUGCAUAUAACAAUUGGAACCCGAAACCUACAGAAGUACGUUAGCCGAACCUCUGUGGUAUUUGUCUCCAUCUCCUUCAUUGUGCUGAUGAUCAUCUCCUUGGCAUGGCUAGUCUUCUACUACAUUCAGAGGUUCAGAUAUGCAAAUGCUAGAGACAGAAACCAGCGCCGUCUCGGAGAUGCUGCAAAGAAAGCAAUCAGCAAACUGCAGGUCAGAACGAUAAGGAAAGGAGAUAAGGAAACUGAACCCGAUUUCGAUAACUGUGCAGUGUGUAUUGAGGGUUACAAACCGAACGACGUUGUCAGGAUCUUGCCCUGCCGGCACCUCUUUCACAAAUCUUGUGUAGAUCCAUGGCUACUAGACCAUCGCACCUGCCCUAUGUGUAAAAUGAACAUCUUAAAAGCACUAGGGAUUCCGCCCAAUGCAGAUUGUGUAGAUGACAUACCUCCAGAUUUUGAAGCUUCUAUAGGAGGGCCACCAACUAAUCAGAUUACAGGAGCAAGCGAUAUAACUGUGAAUGAAAGCUCUGUAGCACUGGAUCCUCCUGUCCGGACAGUUGGAGUACUACAAGUCAUCCAGGGUGCAGACCCUCUUCCACAGACUGGGGAAAAUAACCUCAACACAAGCAGUGAGCAGGAGCCAGCCGUCAGUAGCGAUUCAGAUAUUUCAUUGAUCAUGGCAAUGGAGGUUGGACUCUCUGAUGUAGAGCUUUCUACUGACCAAGACUGCGAAGAGGUGAAAUCCUGAAAAAGCAGCUCAAAAGACCCUUCCACUAAACUAAAGGGCAGUAGUGGGGAGGGGAAGGAAAAGAAUUAAGUUCUGUCAGAUUUGGACCACUGGUGUACACAUGCAUUCUCAUUCACACAUGUACACACAUACACACACACACACACGUAACCAUACACACGUCCAGAACGUUUUGUGAACUCCAGUACGCUCCAUUCUAGGAUGGUCAUGAAAAGCAAUAGCAACAGACGUGUCUGCUUGGAUGCAAUUUCAUCAUUAACUCGGUGUGUCCAUUUCACUGACACUGGAAGGUGAUCAGAAGAGUUAUUCACCUCCUUGGUGGUUCGUAAUGAUGUAACUGAAAUGACAGCUGUUGUGUUUUCUACCUUUCUUCAGUCCCUGGUUGUUGUUGUUUUUUUAAGCAGAAGAAAGCACUCCAAGGUGAUUAUUUAUAGCUGGUUUCGGAUGGACAUGUCUUUCUUCCUCUCAACACCCCCCCCCCCAGCUUUUUCAAAAGUUCAGCCCAGAAAUCUGAAUAAUUUAUGGGUCACCAAGUUAGUGAAUAAGGUAAACAUUGCUUUGGAAAGAAAUGGUGCUUCAGAGCAGUGUCUUGGUCUGAAGCUUCUUUUCAUUGUGGUUUUAGUGGGAUUUGGAGAUUUGUGCUUCCAGGUCUCCCAGCCAGGAGAUAGGUGACUGGAUUUACUGAAGUUGGUGACUUGCUACUUAAUGUUAUUAGUUCGCAUUCAGAGUUUCAUGGCUUGCACAUAUGAUACCAAGUGGGAGAAGAUGAAGAUGAUAAUAAUGGGAUUAAAAGUCAGUCUGUUCUUGCAGCCUAUUUGCUAUAUUUUCUGUAAUCACAAAUCUCUUAUUCCUUAAUGGUCUUCCCUAUGAUUAGUAUGUAAUGAGAUUCACUCCCCCCCCCCCUUUCUUCUUCAGAGGUAUUUCACUCAGAUUUCCUUCUGGCCAUCAGAGCACUGAAGUUCAUUGAAACUCUUUGUGGUAAGGGGGAAAGAGAACAGAAAUUUCUGGAAGUGUGGGGGAAGGAGCUAGGUGAUGUUGGCCAUAAUAGGAAAGUUACAAAUGGACUGAGGCCAUUUUUUGCAUAACCACCUUUACCACCACCAACACUCUAGUUCACUCUUGCUUCCUCUGUUCAUAGGUGAAAACACUUCCUACUUCCAAGGUCCCUUUCAGUCAAUAGGGGUAAGAAUGUGCACACUCUCCAUCAGAUGUACAGCUCUGUGCUCAUUCUGCUAGAUGAAGGGCCAAUCCUCCAAUUCAGGUAGAGGACAUGUGUUCAUGGGUGACAGCAAAAGCACACGAGGGCUGAGAUGAUUCCCCGCAUAACCUUUAGUCAAAUGAAAAACUAGCACAUUCAGACCUGCAUUGAAGCAAUUCGCUAGUGUGCGCAAACAGUGGGAAAGAGGCUCAGAGGCACUGAGGCACUUUUACUGGCAUGUGUGAAAAGAUACUCUCACAAAGUGUUCUGUUGUUGUUCCUGGUAUGGAAGUCAACUCUUGCUCCCUGGCUUCUGAACUCACUUGGAUGUAGAUCCCCAGUGGGUUAAAGAAAAUGAUGAGGCUCUUCUUCCCAUGUCAUAUUUUUGAAUUGUAAUAGAAACCUGAAACAUUCCAAAAUGAAUUAACUGUCGGUUUCAACUGCAUAUGUUGAAAAGGGUUGCCAUUAAACUGCUGGGACUCAAGAGAUCUUGCAUUGUGCUGUAGUUUCAGGGGAUUUGCUAUUGAUGCAGAGGGCAAUUGUAUAUUUCAAUCAAAAUACUUCAGCGUUAAGGAGGACUUUUCAGCUUGUUGUAUUUCAUAAAAGGGUACGCUAUUACUCUUGACAGUAUGAACAGUGAUUUAAAUUGUGGUAGGUAAAUAGGCUUAGCACUGUAGCCUGUGCUAAAAAAAAUGCAAUAGAAACAGAAUCUAUUAGAAUUCCUGCAUUAGAGUAGUACUAUAAGGAUUGUUCAGAUAUACGUAAUGCCAUCUGCCCAGUGCACUUUGCGAACAGGUCCUGUACUCACAUUCUCCCACCCACUCAGUGGCUAGAUUUUGUAGGGCCUGGCAAAAUGGCUACACCAGCUACCUCGCUCUUCAUUUCCUGAGGGGAACCUUGCAGUGGGUGGUAGGAGCUGAAUGUCUACCCUGAGAAGAGGGGAAUACACGCCUAAGGGGCUUAUUCAUGUAGCACCAUGAAUUUGGUUUGGUGUUCCAUCUGAAGCAACCCUAAGUGUUACUAUGGAGCUGUUGUAAUUCUCCUAUAUAGAGCAUUGCUUUCAGUGAGCUUUAAAUCACUUUGAAAGAUCAUGCUUGCCUCAUCGUGUUGAAGGCUUAUUAUGUGUGGGAAGGUGGGCACCUUCAAAAAAAAAAGCAAAAAGCUGCCAUCUUCUACUUACUUCUUUCAUAAUCUCAUUUAAAUUGAGCCAAAAUAAAUGUGUGAGGAUAAAUUGAGACUUAUGUUUAUUGCUGUUUCAGGCCAACUUCAGACUGAGAGGGUCAAGCUUUCAAAUUAGUCUUUUCAUACCUCCAGUAGUUAAGGAGAGGAGAGAAUUUUGGCAGGUGUAACUUACAUCGCAGCUCUACCAGGUUUUGUAAAGCUGCACCUGUGAAAACAAACUCAGUUAUCCCAACUGUUAAAAAUGUAGGAACCGUAAGAUGGAAGCAUUUGCCAUCUCUGCUCUGGAAUUCACAUUUCCCUGUGCUCCAGUGUGGUUGGGCAUGCGUUUUGGGGAGAGGUCCAUCUUCAAUUUCAAUUUAUUAUUUCUGAGGCACGUCAGGAAUAUCAUAUUCAGUUAGAAAGAAGCAAAGCGCAGUCCUAAUCUAGUGGAGCCACCUUUUAAUGUGGGUUUUCUAUACAGCCCCUAUUGACCCUAUAUUGCUAUGUGGCUCGCAUGAAUAUAACAAGAUCGCAAAUAGUAUGUAUCCAUCUAGCUGUGCUGUAAGUUGUACUCCUUUUAUAACCUCUUACCAUGCAUCCAGAGUUGCAGUGGCAAAAGCUGGCUUCGACCCAGUGAAUCUUCCUGCCUCUGUUCCUCCCCCGUCUCUUCUGUAAUUUCUGUGCUAUCUGAUAGCUUUGAGCACCACUUUUAUGUCACUUCAAGUAUUGGAGGUUGUUACUGCUGCAUCCACUAAUGCUUGGUUGACAGAACAGCAUGAGUUGUGUCACCUCACCAAAGCUACCACCCUUUCAGCUUAUUCUGCCUAGUUGCCCAUGUAGAAGUGACAGGGAGGAAAAGGCUAAUGGCCAACUCCCAAUUAACAACAUAUUCAUCCAUCUCAUUUCCCCGCCAAAAAAAUGUAGAAAUGUAGAAUCCACAAAGAGUACAAACCAUAAUUCUGGAAACAUUGGUUCUUUUGACAUGCAUCUUCUGCUUUAGGAAGCUGCCUUGUAGCAGGUCAGAUUGUUUGUCUAUCUGGCCCAUUAUAGACUAUUCUUGACUGGCAGUGGCUGUCCGGGGUCUCAGGCAAAGGUGAUUUCAGUUAACUGCUACCUGCUCUUCCUAGGAAUUGAACCUGGAAACUUCUGCAUGCAAAGGAUGUGCUCUGCACCCUUUCUUUGAGAGAUCCUUCAGGGAUAAUUUGUUAUUAUAGUACAGGAACCAGGCCUUUAUUUACUGGAGGAUGGAAGCCUUUAAACUGAUAUGGAAAUAGCAAAAACAAAACAGAAUAGUCCUGGAAAAUCAGUUAAAUGUCACCUAUACUUCAGAGGUUUUUUCAGACCCUUGUAUCCAAAGGAGAGAUUCCAGCCUUGUAAGUGACUGAAUUACAGCAUGGAUCAAUUAGGACUGAAAAUAGAAGGCUGAAAGGAAGCUCAAAGGUGCUUGGGUGCCUCCUCCUUCCAGACAGACUCUAGCCUCAGAAUGCCUAGGAGGCAGCAGCCAUCAUGUGAACAGGGGAGUAUGAUUUGCAUUGAAUAUCUUUGCUGUACGACAGGUAUGGGGAACCUUUGGCAGAACUACAACUCCCAUCAGUCCUAGCAAGCAUUGCCAAUGGCCAAGGAUGAUGGGAGUUGUAAUUCAGCAAUAUCUGGAGGGCCAAAGUUUCCCCAGAUCUGCUGUACAGGAAUAACUUUAUCAUUAGUCAGAGUGAGACAGCUGCUGAGGUACAGGGAGAUGUGGCAAGGUGUUGUGCCUGCUCCACGUGGCCUGCCCUUCCCCCUCCUAAGCCAACCUGCUGUUCUCAGGUGCAGUGGAAGCUUCUGUCCCUCUCCCAGCAUUGAGGUCAGAUUCAGCUGCCGGUGUAAUCAGCUUUUGUGAUUGAGGAGAGGUGCCAUCUUUUCCUUCAGCUGUUGCUACAUCAAGAUUUGAGUGUGAGAAAUCUCCCCCAAAGUCAUAUGAUCUUUGCCAUUUGAUCAAAUGCCCCAAGCCCAGGAUCGUGGUUCUCUACCAAUGUAUAGCUCUAUUGUCUUCACCAGUGUUAAGAAUAGGUACCAUUUUAACUUUGACCUUCCAGUAUUCCCUCCCAGACCUUGCUAUAUGAAUAUGGCUAGAGGUGUUUGCAUUGCACAGUAUAAAGGCAGCGAACAACCCGAAGUUUUGCCCAGGAGUUCAGUUAGAAUUCAAGCCCUCAACUUUCUUCCUCCAGUAUUUCUACGCUGCCAUCAAUAGAAACCACCUCACAGACAUUAACAGCAGUGUCACUGCCAUGGUCAGUCACCUAGAGUGUGCCUUUACCAAGAAACACAUGGCAUGGCCUGAGAACAGGCACCUUCUACGGCAGCCUGGCUGGGCUAUUCCUGUACCACCCUGAAGGCAGCUGGAGAAGAAGCCCUAUUUUUGAUCAGCUGUGGGACGGCUUCUCUUGGCAACAAGAGGAACCAGCCUAAAAGAUACAAAAGGAUCGGGCAGUUCAGGAAAUGUAAUGCACACCAUGGAUACCUUCAUAAGCAGAUAUGAUUGGUGGCUGUAUUUCAUGAGUGUGCAGUCUAGCCCUAAGCAUUUCUCCUGGCAAAGAAAGACCUGCUGCAUUCUGCAGGGCUUAUUCUCAAGAAUACAUGCAUCUACAAGCGGGCCUGUUAUAAGUAGGCAGAAGGCAAUCCAUUAAAGCAAGGGGUUAUUUGAGGAAAGGCUGAGCUUAAGUAAAGUUGUUGUUUUUUAAUAAUAAUAAUAAUAAUAAUUGGAACAGUUGAUACAAAGCAACUUAGUUUAUGCAACCGUUUGUCAAAACAAAGAACCUAACUGAUAGUUCUGCAGUAGUAACAACGUGAGAGAAUUUCUAGUCUAGAAGGGUCUUGGCAUACCAGAUGGUGUUUGUUAAUGCAUUGUAUAGCAAAGUAGAAGAGCGCCCUCUGCUGCCUGACUUCCAGCCGCCAGAAGCCCACUUUUAAUUCUAUCAUAGAUCCAGCAACUGGAAAUCUGUCACUGGUAGAAAUGUUAAUUCUUUAGUGGCCGGGAUGUGGGGUGGGGAAAGGAUGUACCCGCUUGGCUAUAACAAUAACGAGACGGGAAAAGGAUUGAAGGUGCUGAAAGUGUAAUAUAGCAUCAUCUUAUGCUCAUUUCUCUUCAAAAAUAUUUUGCUUUCUGGUCAAAACGUUAUCUUGCAAAAAGGAAUUCAAAGAAGAAAGGACAAAAGAAGGAAGAGGAUGCUGUCAUCACCCCCUCCCCCUUAUUUGCUAAUUUUAAAAUACUGCCUAUUUUUAAAGGCAUCAGAUGAUACACAUGUCUUUGCCAUGAAUGUAUAUGUAUAUGGUUAUUACAGAUGUGAAAUAUCAAAAGUGUUUUUUAACAUGUACAUAGUAUCACCUUUUCUUCCUGUUUUCAUGUUAAGCAACCUGAGGCUAUAUACCAUUUUAUAAAUAGAAUGAAAUGUAAACUAGGGGUUGGGGUGGGAAGGGCUGUUAUUUUUAUAGCAAGAUGUUCCUUGUACCUCGUGAGCAUUUUAAAAUGAUUUUGUACUUGUCAAAAUAUACAUUCCAUCCAUUUCCUGAAAAUAUUUAUUUUUAUUUAAAGUAGUUUUUAAACUAAAACAAGACGUCCAUUUGGUAUAAGGUUCAUCCAUAACGCUAAAAGUAUUUGGUUUACAGUAAUUGCUCCAAAGUUCUCUCCUGCCGUGUCAUGUAGCAGAAUGCACACCAUACCAGCAAAUGCCAAUAAUUUUUUUAAAGGUAGAUAAAUGAAUAAAAAUACUCAUUUUUUGCAGUUAUGUUGAAAUUAUUUCUAGUUACCAAAACAGUGUUUUACAGUAGAACACUCUUAAAACAGUUCAUUCUCCUGCUGUUUCCCCCCUGAAUUUAGAAUGUGUCAGACAAAAAUAGUUUGAACAAUCAGCCUGCUGUGAAAAGCAGUUGUGUUCACACAUGCAAGCUACUCUGCUGUUUAUAGCAGAAGUUGGCUGUGUACAGCACUGAUUGGCUGGCUCCCUGUGUUAUCAAAAGGCCAUUUCCUCCAUUUGCCAAGCUGUUUAUUUCUUUUUUUUAUUAUUAUUUCAAUAAAUGAUUUUGUUCCUUUAAAAUAAGUAAUACAACCAAUUGAAUGCUCAAUUCAAUUAACAUUCACAGUGUUCAUUAAACACUAUAAUGUUCACAUACAUAACAAAACAUCCCUGCUUUGACAGUGGAAGCAAUUCAUCACCUUCUAAAUCUCACCUUGAAUCGGCUUAUAAAGGAGGGGUAUGUGUGUGGCAGAAAUCAUCAAGAUUACCCAAUGACAUUUGCAUAGGCAUUUUUUUUUUAUCUUAACAUAUUUUGGCAGCUGUGAAUUGUCUGCCUAUGCGGCGCUGAAAUAGUUCUGUGAAGAAUUCAUUUUACGACACAUUCUGUACAGUAUUGCAAAUGUAUUUCAACUGCUAGUGAAGUUGCUGUUACUUUAUUAUGCAUCCUUAUAUAUCCACCCUCCCUUCCAAUGCACUUUAUAUCAUUUGGAAAAUGUGGGAGUCUGACAACUAUCAUAUAUAAAGGGAUUUGCCUGAAAUCAAGUGGCACAAAUAUUGAUUUUUUAAAAUUUUAUUUUUAAAAAAACAUUACUUUGGUUAAUUGUGUCCUCACUGUCCUUUACAGCUUAGACAGUGACUCAGCUGUGGGAGGACAUAUGGAGAUGUUAAGGUUGAUAUUGGAGAAACAUUAUUCAGUAGUACAACUGAAUGGCUAUUUUUGUUAUAUAGAGGACUAUAGUGUAAAUAUGUGAGACUGUGUUAUUCUGUAUUAGUAAAAUAUUGCAACUGUAAAAGUUAAAGGAUUGUGAAAUUGGAGGAAUUUUAUUGCAAGCUUUCUUUUUUAAUAAAAAACUAUCUGAUUUGUGUCCUA